GCACAAAGAGGCCCGACAGCCCCCGUCCGCUCCGCUGCGCAGGCGCAGUGAGCCCACUGGCGAGUGGAGGCGAUGGGAGCUGCGGCGGCCGAGGCGGACCGGACCCUCUUCGUGGGCAACCUGGACCCUCGCGUCACGGAGGAGCUGCUCUUCGAGCUCUUCCACCAGGCAGGCCCAGUCAUUAAAGUAAAGAUCCCGAAAGACAGGGAUGGGAAACAAAAGCUGUUCGCGUUUGUGAAUUUCAAACAUGAAGAAUCUGUCCCCUAUGGCAUGAAUCUACUGACCGGGAUCAAACUUUUCGGGAGACCUCUGAAAAUUCAGUUCCGAUCAGGGAGUAGUCACGCCUCUCAAGACGGUGGUUCGCCUUAUUCUCAGCAUGGGUCUGUUAACGGAAGCCCUUCUGGCACACCGCAAUUGACGCCUGGUUGUAACAGCAGGUACGAGAGGACUGUGGAGAGCAUGCCAGCAGGGUUGCCAGCGAUGCAGAGGUCCUUCUCAUCUCCCGAUAACCUCCAGAGGCAAGCAGUGAUGAAUAGUGCUUUGUGGCAGCAGCAGCCCCAGUACAGCGGAAGGCACGGCUCUCCUCAUUCGGAGCCAUCAGGCUUCGCUUCACCUGGGCACCAGCAGAGUUAUUCUUACAGCCAGUCGUCAGCCUCCCAAAAGCAGUGGCGCCCAGAGGGGGUGUCGGCACAGCGCAAGACCCGGGUCGGUUCCCAUCCCUAUCAGUCCGACAGCUGGCAUUACGGCCGAGAGCAUCAGCGGGCCAGCGACUGUGGCUCCGAGCAUCAUUUCAGGAGCACUCGGGAUGAGUAUUGCCAUGACGACAGGAACUAUGGAGGCUGGAGUCACGACUAUGACAGCCGCAGGGAGAGCUCCAAGGAGAGCAAGUGGCACUCCCGCUACUAACCAGUAUUCCGAGUGGGUUUUAAAUAACAGCACUUGGGAAAGUUUAAGUUCUUAUUUCCUUUUCAGAAGUGGGGGAUGAGGAGUGUUUGUUUUUUUACAGAAGGCUUGUAGACAGUAACUUCAGGAGUUACCUUUUAAAAAUCAUUUUUAAAAAUAAUUGUCACCUGCAGUAUGGUUCCGAGGGGUGGGUGGGGCUUUGUUACCAUUGUAUUAACCUUCCCCUUGGGGUUGAGGCAAGAGAAAAGUGUGCUUUAAAAGGAGACAAAUUUUUAAAAGAGAGAAAAGAAUCAUUGUAGUUUUAUAUGAAAAGAAAACUCUGCCAGGGUGGUUACAUUUUCGAAUUGAUUUUGGUAUUUUCUUGUAGCCUGCACACAGGGCGUGUAUCUUUGGUGGUGUGGGUAGAAAUUCUGUGACAGAUCCACGGAGCAAGAUGUUCUGUGGCCUGUUGAAAUGUUGUAGACAGUGUUUUGCUGCUGGAAGAAAACGUUGCUGUUGAACAUUUACUGUAUUAAAGAAACAUUCAGCUUGCUCAGAGAGGUGAAAGGAGCAACUUCAUUGGAUGGCUGGAUAAUCUGUCCGACGGGAGGUGUUAAUUUUUUCCAGCCGCUUUGUCGGAAGUCUCUUGACUUUGAAAUUAAACGAGCCUGCAGUAUCCCCACAAGAUGUUUCCCACUAGUGUAAAUGGUUUUAAAAUAUCUCAGGAAAUGAUUGCAUCCCUCUGUGUGCCCCUUUUCUAUAUUUAAAAUAAAAAGAACCUGUUUGUAUGACAAAA